CGCUGUUCCUGAGCCAGAGCUGCCUCUCUGAACUGCUCUGGCAGCCUGUGCGGAGUGCGAGCCGCGGGGGCGGGCCGGGGAGGGGCACAGCGCUCGGACAGCGGGGCGGCGGCGGGCACUCGCCCCGGGCCCGCGGGAGCAGCGGCACCCAUGCCCGAACAAGCAGUUGCUGUGGCUGGAGGUAUAAUAGGAGGGAUCCUUUUAUUUGUUCUCCUUGGAAUAACUGCAUAUCUACUCUGGAAAAAAUUUUGCCGCCUCUUUUCUUAUGAAAAGCUCAUCAAUCCUGUCAAAACAACAAAUGCAAAUGCCAUUUUCCAGGAUCAGGCAAAUUCUGAAAUUCAUCUGAAAAGCACAAGGUCCAGAAGUGUUCCAUUUAUCAUUCCACCAACACUGCAUGGGCGAGACUGGAUUCACCUGACCAAUGAGGAACAGGUUCAGCAAGACAGGGACCCCUUCAUGACCCCUCAGUCUGGGCCACGGUCAUCAUUUCAUUCUUUGGCUGGAGCUUAUGUUGUAGGAACCAUUAACCCAGAUCUGUACAAGUUUCCUGAAGACAAAAGUGAAACAGAGUUUCCUGAUGGCAGCAUUGGCCGCCUCUGGUUCUCCAUAGAAUACGAGCAAGAGUCAGAAAGGCUCCUUGUCUCCUUGAUCAAAGUCAGAAAGCUGCAGCCUCCUGCUGAUUCCUGCAGUUCAUUUGUGAAAAUCUACCUGCUGCCUGAUGAAAGAAGCUACCUGCAGUCCAAAACAAAACGUAAAACUCUUAACCCACAGUUUGAUGAAAACUUUGUUUUCCAGGUUUCCAGUAAAAUGUUGCUCCAAAGGACACUAAAGUUUUUGGUUUAUCAUGUUGAUAAACAGAAGAAGCACCAUCUCCUAGGCCAAGUUAUCUUUCCACUAAAAAAUGAAGCAUUAACUGAGGACAACAAACUGGUUAUAUGGAGAGAUCUGGAGAAAGAAAUCUUGGAGCCUCCUUCAGAGCAUGGUGAUAUCCAGUUCUCCCUGAGCUACAAUGACUACCUGGGCCGUCUCACUGUGGUGGUUCUCAGGGCCAGGGGAUUAAAGCUCCAGGAGGAGAGCCCUGCUGUUGGUGUGUAUGUCAAAGUCUCACUAAUGAACCAUAAUAAAUUCAUCAAAAGUAAAAAGACAGCAGCUCUUCUGGGAACUCCCAAUCCUGUGUACAAUGAAACCUUCAGUUUCAAGGCAGAUCAGACAGAGCUGGAUACAGCAAGCCUGAGUCUAUCUGUGCUCCAGAGUAACAAAGGAGAAAAAACACUUCUGCUGGGACGAGUAGUAGUUGGGCCUUUCAUGUACACACGUGGCAGAGAACUGGAACACUGGAAUGAGAUGAUGAGCAAGCCCAAGGAGCUGGUCAAACGAUGGCAUGCUCUCUGCCACAGCACAUGAACAGCACUGAGAAAAAAAACCUUAACAUGGAAAAGCUCUUACUGUCUUUCUCACCUAAAUGGUACAAAAAUCUUUGCUAAGAUUUUGUACCCGAAGAAGAAUAAAGUAAAUUAUUUCCUUGACCAAACACAAAUAAAAGAUUUGGUUCCUGGUA